CCGAGUGCCAUUUCUAUAAGCAUGCGGCACCACGCUUGACAGAAGCGAUAUAAAACUAUUGACCCAAAAUGCGUCUUCUGCAGGCUCUUGAAUUUUCUGCGUCAAAAACCACCGACUGGCUGAACGGACCGGGCGGUAAAUUGUAUCAGCCCAUUCCAGAUCCAUAGCAGAUGACGGCGGUGUUAAAAAUUUGGUUAGUGCGGCCAAGAGUUCCAGUUUGAUGUGCGGACCAGAGAGAAGCUCCAACAACAUAUGCACGAUCACCUCGCAAUCGUCCGCAAGACAGCUUCGGACACUUCCGGCGGCUGGAGGCUUGCAAUCUGACAUCAGCAACAAACUCGGGUUGGGCGGGCCGGGCCCCAGUGAUUUCAUGCGCCCUCCCUCUUGACAACCUCGAGGAGGUAUUGAUGGUGACCAUCCCCCGACGAGGAUCGAGAAAGCGAAUUUUGAAUCUUACAUCCGUAUGACAGUCCAGGGAGUGGUGUUGCCACCGACAUAUAAACAAUUCGAUUCACUCCCAUACUAUUACUAAUGAAAUGCAGGAAAGUUCAAUCGUGACCGGCAGAACGCGUGGCACUGGCAGUGGAGAGCCGGAGAGAAGAGCGGAGACUUUUGAUGUCGGCUAUUUUUGACCGAUGAUCACGAUAGGAGUUCUGGGUUUUGGUUAUGGACUCCUACCUGCUGCUCACGACGACGCGUUACGACCAAUUCAUCUACGACAGACUGCGCUUCAAUGACCGGGGAGGCCAGCCAUCCCGAUAUUUGCUACUCGAUUAUCAUGUCGAGCGUCUUCUCAGAGCGACGGAAGAUGACAAACACGGUUGGCCAGAGGCUCGCGCAGCAAUUACCUUUGAGAAUAUCUUUCGUGCGUGCGAGGCGGCGGUCGCGUCUCAAAGUGGACAUUCGAACGAAGCUUUGAAGAUCCGCAUUACUGUCUCGCGCACAGGCGUAGUCGAUGCCACCGCAUCUUCUGUCGGCCCUUCUCUCCGAAUGGAUCCAACUUCACCGUCGUUCUCUCGACCAUUAACAGACAGUGAAACGCUCUAUGGCCCCCCUAUGUCUCUGCUUCUCGACACUCAGCCCACGCCUCCAAACGAGCUGUUUUCGUCGACGAAGACAACCCAGCGGGCUCUCUACGAUGCUGCGCGAGUCCGAGUCGGCCUGAUACCGACUGACAGCGACGCGGAUGUUAUCAUGUAUAAUACGGCCGGAGAAGUAACCGAAUCUUCCGUGUCCAAUGUCGCAUUCUAUCGCAACCAGACCUGGAUCACUCCCCCAUUGGCGAGUGGAUGUCUUCCCGGCGUCCUGCGGCAAUGGUUGUUGCGGCACAAGAGGAUAAAAGAGGCGGCGGCCGGGGAGCUGAAAAAGGGUGAUGUGCACGAGGGUGACUGGCUGCUGUUGUUCAACAGUGUUCGGGGUUGUCGGCUAGGGCGCAUCAGGGCAGCAUGAGUUCCGGCACUCGUAUAGACUAUUUCUCCGGUGUUCAUUUGUUUCAUACUGCAGACAUGGACAUGAAUGCAUGACUACGAUGUAUCUUUCUUGUGUAUUGGUAGCACUUUUG